GCAAACCAGGCAAGACACUACAAUACAUUACAGUUAUACAAACUGUCAAACAUUAUUUUAACAUUAUUUUACUGAUCAAUCAGAUUCAAAACCAACUAGAAAAAAAAAAUCAGAUUCAAAACUAAUAUUUAUAUUCUGCAAAACCCUAACACAACAAACACACUCUUUCAAUGGCGAAUUCUCGUAGAAAACCAGCAGUAAUAGACCCGAUGUACUAUCCAGUGAUCGCUUUAAUCAUAGCCGUUAUCGCCUUCGUUGAGCUCUCCGACGCCGUCACCGUCGUCGACGUAUACCGGCUUGUUCAGUACGAUAUCUCUGGCGUCCCCUUCGGUUCUCGGCUCGCUGUUCUUAAUCACCACGCUGGCUCGUCCUUAUUUGCUUCUGGUGGCUCCGGUUCCGAUCUUUCUCGUACGGUUCUCAUUCUUCCGGUUAGGGAAUUGGAUCCCACUCUCAUUAAAGAAUAUAUUGAACAGAAAAAGCUAUUAGGGGGUUUACUGCUUUUACUCCCCCCCAAACUUAGUCCAGAAAACGUAGACAACGCAUUUGGUGCUGAUGAGGAUAUUAACAGCCUGAUGAGCAAAUUGGCUGAGUUGGAACGGUUGCUUACACAUUCUAAUAUCCCUUAUCCUGUAUAUUUUGCUUUCGAGGAUGACAAUAUCAAUGCUGUACUAGCUGAAGUUAAGAGAAAUGAUGCUAGUGGUCAACCUGCAACAGCUACCACAGGCGGCUACAAGCUUGUUGUUGCUGCCUCAGAUCCUAAGAGAAUUGCAUCCCCCAACAUUGCAAAUAUUCAGGGAUGGUUACCAGGACUUAAAGUUGAUGGAGACUCAAAUCAACUCCCAACUAUUGCCAUAGUGGCUUCAUAUGACACAUUUGGGGCUGCGCCAACAUUGUCAGUGGGAAGUGAUAGCAAUGGAAGUGGUGUAGUGGCACUUCUUGAAAUUGCUAGGUUGUUUUCUGCUCUAUAUUCAAAUCCUAAAACUAGAGGUAGAUAUAAUUUACUCUUUGGAUUGACAUCUGGUGGGCCGUAUAACUACAAUGGAACUCAGAAGUGGCUUCGGAGUUUUGACCAGCGUCUACGUGAGAGUAUAGACUAUGCUAUCUGCUUGAAUAGUGUUGGGUCCCUUGGCAAUGAGUUACAUCUUCAUGUCUCCAAACCUCCAGAAAAUGCCUACAUACAGCAGAUAUUCCAGGGUUUCUCUGCCGUAGCAGAAGAAUUGGGCCUUCAAGUUGGUCUUAAGCACAAGAAAAUAAACAUCUCGAAUCCUCGAGUAGCCUGGGAGCAUGAACAGUUUUCAAGGUUGAGAGUCACUGCGGCAACACUAUCUGAACUUUCUGCUGCACCUGAAUUACUGGAAAGUACAGGACAUCUGGCUGAUAACAGACAUUUUGUCAGUGAAGCCUCAAUCAUUCGAAGUGUCAAGCUUGUUGCUGAAAGUCUAGCGAGACACAUUUAUAAGCAGGAGCAGAAAAGCAUAAGCAUAUUUGCAGACGAUAGUAGUUUAGCCGUCAAUCCUUCCUACAUAAGGUCUUGGCUAGAUCUUUUAUCUACAACACCUCGAGUGGCACCUUUUCUUUCAAAAAAUGACCCGCUUAUUAAGGCACUGGAAAAGGAAUUAGCUGAUCAUACUGCAGAGGUGAAUGUACAGCAUGAGACUCUAGAUGGAAUGUUCACUUUUUAUGAUUCAACUAGUGGCAAGUUACAUAUAUAUCAGGUUGCCAGCGUGACAUUUGACUUGCUUUUGCUGUUGGUACUAGGAUCAUACUUGAUUACACUUUUCAGUUUUCUUUUUAUCACCACCAGGGGUCUUGACGAUCUUAUUAGUCUAUUCCGUCGUCCCCCAUCACGGAAAGUAAAAGCUGCUUAAUUCCUGAAGCAGGACUUCUCUGCAUCAAGCGCUUGCAAAUCAAGAAGCAGGUGUUUCUUUUUUGUAACCUUAAGGAAGAUUGUCGUGACCUAGUUGCUUCCUAUUCGGUGGUCCAACGAUCAUAUUUUAAACUUUUAGCUAUGGAAAAGAUCCACUUUUGCUUUGACAAAUCAAUAGGGUAACGCAGUCAUUUUUUUUCUGCUGAGAUGAGGAUGUAUUCUCACAGGCGGCUUUUCUCAUAGAAUUAGCAGUUCUAAAAUUUAAUCUUGCUGAUGUAUCAAUUUUGUCAGAAUGUAUUUAUGUUCUGAAAAGGUUCAGACGAAUUUGCUUUGGUAGAGAAUCUUUUGUUCACUGACAAAAAAGAUUCUUGUGCUAAUUGUCUUGCUUUGAAAUGGCU